AUUCGUCUGGCUCUGUCCGGGGUGCUGAACAGCUCAGGGUGCUGGGCUAAGUGUGAAGCUGCUGUCGUUCUCACUCAGUAGUUCUUAUGUCCUCCGCUGCUUUGUCCGGCUGGUAGUGAGUGUGGUGCGCUCCAAAGAACGAGUGUGUGCCGCUCGGACAUGUCGGAGAAGGGGGAUGGGAUGGCAGUAGUCAGUGUAAGAAAAUGAUUUCAAAGGUCACUUACUGAGCCAGCAAGCCAACUGAUCAGAGAGACCACACUUCAGCAUAAAAAUGAGCCAAGACAAUACAGAGACACGAACACGAACCCGCUCUAAAGGCAUCCGGGUGUUAUCAGAACUUGCGGGACAGGAGAUGAAGCAGGAGUUGAGUAGCAGCUGUCCCACCCCUGGAUGUGACGGCAAAGGCCAUGUCAGUGGAAGAUACUCCCGACACAGAAGUGUACUGGGAUGCCCAAUUGUGAAGAAAAGGAAACUAGAGGAGGCUGAGGCUGAGGCUGAGGAGAAUCAAUCUGCUCCCAAACGAAGGAACCAACCAGCCAACCAGGCAGUAGAUGAUGGCUUCACUGCAGACAGUGAAGAAGAGGAGGAACAAAAAGAGAACGAAGAAGAGGAGGAAGAAGACCUUAAAGAGAAGAAAAAGGACAAAACAAAAAAAGGGCUAGAAUCAGCAGACUGCUCACUGGUGACAUCACAGGAAUCAGAAACAUCAGAAACUGCAGUUUAUCUUGUGGCUGAAGACAGCAACAAUCAAAGCAUCACCUCUGAGACUGGGUAUGAAGCUAGAAGUGACAAAGCUAGUGAGGAAGUGAAGCAGGUAACGCUCUAUGAUGAUGAUCAUCAUCAGGAGGAAACAGAAACAAAAAAGGAGGAGAGUCAGCUGGUGACGAAAGACCACUCGUCAGAGCGACCUCAAGAAGAAGCUGGGAUUACUGAUUUUAAAAACACAAAAGAGGAGGAUGAGGAAGAAGAAGAAAAGGAAAAGGAAAAGGAAGAGCAGCAAGACACGCAAGAAAAUACUGUAGAGGUGAGGCAGGCAGAGACACAGAUGAUAAACCAGAAAAACUCUGAUCACCAGUACUCCAGUGGCGAUUAUAACCAUCAGGCCAAAGAAUCAAUAGAGGUGCAGAGUAAGAGGGAGGACCAAGAGGAGGAAGAGGAAGAAGAGGAAGAAGAGGAAGAAGAGGAAGAAGAGGAAGAAGAGGAAGAAGAGGAAGAAGAGGAGGAAGAGGCGGAAGAAGCGGAAGAAGAUGAGGGAGAGGCGAAGGAGAUCCACCAAGAGGUUGACACUCCUUACACAUUGAGUCCACACACUCAAAGCCUCGGAUCAAAUGCCGAGGUGUCACUGAGGAGAAAAAAAGCCAUCACCCCCCUGACUGAGGAAGAGGAGGAGAGAGAGGAAGAGGAGGAUGGGAGGCAGGGGAAGGAAGCAUUAGAGGUGGUGGAGGACGAAGAGGAGGACCAAGACUCGAGCAGAGCCUCUCUGACUACAGUUGUUAUUGAAGUCCACUCUGACGAGGAGGAGGAGGAGGAGGAGGAGGAGGAGGAGGAGGAGGAGGAGGAGGAGGAGGAGGAAGAGGAGGAGGAAGAGGAGGAGGAAGAAGAAGAAGGAGGGGAGCAGGAUCGUGUCUCAGAAGGCUCAGGAAUCACGGACGACUCAGAGAACUGGGAUAUGACUCGGGGGAACCUGGGGCUGUUGGAGCAGGCCAUUGCCCUGAAGGCUGAAGAGGUGAAGGGGAAUCACGAGCCACAGAGUUCCCCAGAAUAUCAACCAUACAGCAGCUCCAGCAAGGGCUCUGAGCCUGGAGCUGUGGCCCGACGCACCACUCACUACAGCAAAGAGAAGAAGGAAGUGAAGUGUCCGACCCCAGGGUGUGAUGGGACCGGUCAUGUGACUGGACUGUACCCUCACCAUCGCAGUCUAUCUGGAUGUCCUCACAAAGAUCGAAUCCCUCCAGAGAUUCUGGCCAUGCAUGAGAACGUCUUGAAGUGUCCGACUCCUGGCUGCGCAGGCCAGGGUCAUGUCAACAGUAACCGCAACACACACCGCAGUCUCUCCGGCUGCCCCAUCGCAGCAGCAGCUAAACUGAACAAGACCCAGGACAAGCAGGUUCAUUUACAAGCUGCAGCCAGUGAACCCUCUUCCAACUCAGACAGAGUGCUCAGGCCCAUGUGUUUUGUGAAACAGCUGGAGAUCCCUCAGUAUGGCAGCUACCGGCCCAAUACAGUGACCACCACGCCUCGAGCAAACCUGGCCAAGGAGCUGGAGAAAUACUCCAAGGUGUCAUUUGACUAUGCAAGCUUCGAUGUUCAGGUGUUUGGAAAACGUAUGCUCAUUCCAAAGACACCCGGCACCGCUGAAACAUCACCUAAAGCCUUCAAAUCUAAAUCAUUCCCCAAGGCCUCUUCCCCCAGUCACAGUGUGUCUGGAGGAUUUUCCAAGAGUGCCUCAUCCUCCAGUGGUUAUGACUAUAGCCAGGAUGCAGAGGCAGCCCACAUGGCAGCAACAGCAAUCCUCAACUUGUCCACCCGCUGCUGGGAGAGGCCGGACACUCUAAGUGCCAAGCCCAUGGAUCCCUGCACCAAGGAAUCAGACAUUGAAGUGGAUGAAAAUGGCACUUUGGACCUCAGUAUGAAGAAGACCAAGAGGGAGGGCGUCCAGUCUCCAGAGCCUUCAUCCUCAUCUUCGUCCUCUCAGCACACUGGAGCUACCUUGUCUCAGAGCCACAAUCAGCCAGAGUGGGAGGGGGCGCUAGACUUUACCAAACCAAGUGGAGUCAAAGAGGAAGACCACGAAGAGGUGGAAUACUCAGCUCCCUCAUACACUUCCUCUGAUGGUGAGGAAGAACAGGACAACCUGAAGGACAGGAAGUACCCUGGUGAGGUCACCACAACCAGCUUCAAGGUCAAGUUCCAGCCCAAAGACAGCAAAAAGGACACUCUUGUAUGUCCCACCCCAGGCUGUGAUGGCAGUGGACACAUUACUGGAAACUACGCGUCACAUAGAAGUCUGUCAGGCUGUCCUCUUGCCGAUAAAUCACUUCGGACCCUCAUGGCUGCCCACACAGCUGAACUAAAGUGUCCAACUCCAGGUUGUGAUGGAUCGGGCCACAUCACUGGAAACUAUACAUCACAUAGAAGUCUGUCUGGUUGCCCUAGAGCCAAGAAGAGCGGAAUCAAAUCAACCCCAACCAAGGAUGACAAGGAAGACUCUGAGCUGUUGAGGUGUCCAGUUCCUGGCUGUGACAGUCUUGGCCACAUCAGUGGAAAGUACGCCACUCAUCGCAGUGCCUAUGGCUGUCCGCUGGCGGCACGUCGGCAGAAGGAAGGUCUUAUUAACGGCACGCCCUUCUCCUGGAAGUCCUUCAAGACUGAAGGGCCCACCUGCCCGACGCCAGGCUGUGACGGCUCUGGCCACGCUAACGGCAGUUUCCUGACACACCGCAGUCUGUCAGGUUGUCCUAGAGCGUUGGCCAACAAGAAGAGAGCAAAGUUCCCUGGAGACGAGUACAUCACUGCAAAGUUCAGAGCAAGUGAUGUUUUGGACAACGAUGAGGACAUAAAGCAGCUCAACCAGGAGAUCAAUGAGCUGAACGAGUCCAACUUAGAAAUGGAGACGGAUAUGAUGAACCUACACACUCAGAUCUCUUCAAUGGAGAAGAACCUGAAAACCAUGGAGGAGGAAAAUAAGCAGAUUGACGAGAGGAACGAGGCCUUGUUCCUGGAACUAUCUGGCCUGAGUCAGGCCCUGAUCUGCAGUCUGGCCAACGUCCGCCUGCCCACCAUGCAGGAGCCGCUGUCAGGGCAGAACUUCGACACCUAUGUGGAAACGCUGACUCAUAUGUUUACCAACAAAGACUGCUACCAGAACCCUGAAAACCGCGCCCUGCUAGAGUCCAUCAAUCAGGCCGUAAAGGGCAUUGAGGUGUGAUGGACAGGAAAGCAAGGGGGGGGGGGG